ACUUCCUACUCAAACAAUUAGUUGCCUUCAAUCAGACCCAAAUUAGUUUGAAGGGAACAAACAUGAAUCCGACAAGGUAACCAGAGCCCAGUGUUUAAAGAUGUAUGAAGAGCCUUGAGGAGAAAGUAGAGUCUCUGUUAACCCAACUCACUAACAGUGAAACUCUCAUACAGUAAUCUGCCUUCGUGAGGGCUUGGUGGAUUUGAAUGCGGGUUUUGAACGGGCGCGUGUGGAUCAGCCAGACGGGGCAGGUGGGGAAUUCCACCUGCUGAAUGAACGCGGUCAGUAUUGGGGAGUACCAUGGGCUGCGGGUGGGCUCAGCCCUGCUCAGCAUUGUAGCAGGUUGUAUCAUCAUUGGUGUGUCAAAAGACUGUGAUGCAGAUGCUGUGGGGGGCAUCUUCCUUGGAGCAGGGGGGCUUGGUCUCCUUAUUUCAGUCUACCCGUUCAUAAGAGCAUGGUUCAACUUCCAUCACAUACUGCCCAAUAUAGGCAACUUCAGAGUGCACCCGAUGGCUACAAAUUCAAAUCCAGCUCCUGAACAGCCUGCCGCUACACUCACACGAGAGGGGACUCAAUGCCAGCUAAAUGUAGAGCGUUCGAAAAGCCGAAUGGGGGCAUUUGUGGAGACAGCAGCUCCUACAGCAGCCGAGGGCACACAGGAUGAUGGCCCUUCUGCAGAUGUUCCAGAUAUCUUGGGCAGGCGGAAGUUUAAGUCACCAUCUUCUGAUCAAGACACUUCAUAAUGGCUGGAUCCAACGGAAUCUCAUUAAAGAGCAAACAGUAUUCAUUUCACAAUAAGCAAGGCUGAUCUCUGCUUACAGCUCAUUAUGGUAUCCUAUCUGAUUUCACUUGUUCAAACAAGGUGUCUGCUCUAAUACUGAAAUAAUGUUUAAUGAAAGCAAUGAGCAAGAAGAAAAUCACACUGAAGAACAAUGAAAUCAGAAACAACCAUGUGCUUAAAAGGAGUCUUCACCCAAGAGGCUACUACUGUAGGCUACUCACUCUCAUGUCGUUCCAAACCUGUAUGACUUUCUGCCUUCUGUGGAAAAUGAAAGAAGUUCUGUCGUGACAACUCUCGGAAGCUUUGGUAUUAUGUACAUGAUAAUGUUAAUAGGCCUCAUUUAUCAAUAUAUCAUAUAUCAAUAUACAGUAUAUCAAUAUAUCGGCAGGUGGGUGAUGCGACGAUGUGUGAAUCUUCAUGGUCUGUUGUUUAUGCUGCAUACAGUUUCAACUUGCGUACAUGAGCUGAGACCUGAUGUGAGAUUUGAUUGUAGCCACCGCUCACGUCCAUAUUGAUCAAUUCCAAGUUUUGUGUUGAAACGAUCAAUUUUCUUUAGUAUGUUCGUUUUGAAAAUGAGGCUUAAUGUGUUUGAUCUCAAUCUCCUGUGCUGCUGCUGCUGCUACCGAGGCUUGCUAUUGCCAACACAUCCACAACAUGCUGCUGUGAGCAUGUAAGAAAUACUGCUG